GCCGCCAUGGACGCCAUCAAGAAGAAGAUGCAGAUGCUCAAGCUCGACAAGGAGAACGCCUUGGAUCGAGCAGAGCAGGCGGAGGCCGAUAAGAAGGCGGCGGAGGACAGGAGCAAGCAGCUGGAGGAGGACAUAGCGGCGAAUGAGAAGCUGCUGCGGGCGUCGGAGGACGAGCGGGACCGGGUGCUGGAGGAGCUGCACAAGGCCGAGGACAGCCUCCUGGCCGCCGAUGAGACCGCCGCCAAGCUGGAAGACGAGCUGGUGUCGCUGCAAAAGAAACUCAAGGCCACCGAAGACGAACUGGACAAAUACUCCGAGGCUCUUAAAGAUGCCCAGGAGAAGCUGGAGCUGGCAGAGAAAAAGGCCACCGACGCUGAAGCCGACGUAGCGUCUCUGAACAGACGCAUCCAGCUGGUUGAGGAAGAGUUGGAUCGUGCCCAGGAGCGUCUGGCAACAGCCUUGCAGAAGCUGGAGGAGGCCGAGAAGGCAGCAGACGAGAGUGAGAGAGGCAUGAAAGUCAUUGAAAGCCGAGCCCAAAAGGAUGAGGAGAAAAUGGAAAUUCAGGAGAUCCAGCUGAAAGAGGCCAAGCACAUUGCUGAAGAUGCCGACCGCAAGUAUGAAGAGGUGGCCCGUAAGCUGGUCAUCAUUGAGAGUGAUCUGGAACGUGCAGAGGAGCGGGCUGAGCUCUCAGAAGGCAAAUGUGCCGAGCUCGAAGAAGAGUUGAAAACUGUGACGAACAACCUGAAGUCACUGGAGGCUCAGGCUGAGAAGUACUCGCAGAAGGAAGACAAAUACGAGGAGGAGAUCAAGGUCCUUUCUGACAAGCUGAAGGAGGCCGAGACUCGGGCCGAGUUUGCGGAGAGGUCAGUAACUAAGCUGGAGAAAAGCAUUGAUGACUUAGAAGAGAAAGUGGCUCAUGCCAAAGAAGAAAACCUUAGUAUGCAUCAGAUGCUGGAUCAGACUUUACUGGAGUUAAACAACAUGUGAAAACCUCCUUAGCCGCGACCACAUUCUUUCAUGUCUUUGUUGUUUUUUUGUUUUGUUUUGUUUUUAAACACCAUGCUUACCAUGAAACCCCUUCAAUGCAUUUUUAUUUACUUUUACCACUGUCACAGAAACAGCCACAAAAUACCAGCUAGAUCGGGGGUGGGGAAAACACACACACACACACAGGAGAGCCUGUGUCAAGGCGAUGAUGAUUUCAAUGUGCCAUGUCCCAGGUCGACGUUUUGCCACACUUGGUAGAGAGUUUAGCAACACUGUGUGCUUAGUCAGUCCAGGAAUCCUCACUAAAGCAGAAAGAUUGCCCCUCGAAGUGCCAAUGAUGUUUGAGCAGGACAGUGAAUGUUGGAAACACAGUCAGGUGUGGAUUGGUGCUACUUGAAACAAAAGGUCCCCCUGUGGUCUUUCGUUCAAUAUUGUACAACUUAGAAUCCUGUCCAACACUAAUUUAUUUUGUCUUGAGCUUUACUAUGAGGUGAGACUGUGGAUCCUGUCUGCCAGAAUUCGCUGAAGCCAUGGGUGUGUAAGCCACGAUGCCCCUCUGAGGCUUCUGUUCCCUUCUCAUUGGCACGUUUGCAGCUCGUUACAGCUCGUAGGUUAGCAUGUGAUGUGGAUUUCCACCAUGUUAAACUGAAAGACUUAGGCGCUACAUACGAUUGGUAAAGAAAAAACCCUUUUCUUUAAGAGUUAUAACUGUAUGUAAACCUUGUAUAAUGAUAUGGAAUAAAAUGCACAUUGUAGGACAUUUUCUAAA